AUGCAGUACUUGUACGUCCCCAUCUCCCUCAUCUCUGUGAGCGGGAUUGUGUGUGGCGCCACCAGCAUGAUCACCCUACCAACACUCAGCGUUCUGAUGGACCGGGGAUCGAAUCCCAAGAAGCGCAAACUGUUUGCGAUAAGUUUGGGGAUGAUCGUUUUCUUGUGCGGUCUCUCUCUACUCAUCAUCUGCGGUUUCAUCAAACUCGCCCUCUUCAACAAACUUUCAUCGUCUGCAAACUCCAACCAGACUCUACCACCAACAGACGUCAUCAGCACAACAGACCCCGUCCCAUUUUUAAACGUUACUUCCUCGGACGCCGUCGACUACGCCCAUCUUCCUGUGACGGUGUUUCUGUCCAUCCUGGGUUUCACCAUGCUCGAUAUCGGAUUUGACUUAAGCGUGUCAAUCACCCGCGCUUUAAUUGUAGAUAUCACUCCGCCGUCCCAGCAAACCAGGCUCCUCAUCACCGCCACCGUGGCGCAAGCUAUCGCCGGGACUAUUUUUUCUAUGAUCGGCUGUUUCGACAUGCCGCAUAUCUUAGAAGAUUUAUUCCACGUCGAAGGCGUUGCUGCGACCCUCUUGUUCUUCUGUUUCCUGUUGUUUGCGGUGGUGUUGUUCUGCUACACGUCCACCAUUUCGACCGGUUAUUUUUUACAACGCAGACAGAGAGCAUCACAGUCGAUUAAAAAUCCGCCGCAGAUUGAUUCAGAAAAGACAUUUAAAGUUCCGCAAAUACCGCAGGUGAAUAAAAAAUUGAAGCGUUUGUACAACCCCAGAGAAAAGGAAGAGCUCAAGAAACCCCUCCUACAAAAACAAGAUAUAGAUUCAUACAGAUGA